AUGAGCCUGGGAGACACAGUGAAGUUCAGUGGAGGUGAAGUGCAGCAGCCGUAUCUAUUCCUGUGUCUCCUGUUGUUGCUCCAGAGGGCUGUGAUUGUGAACUAUUCCAGGGAAAAUACGAAGGAUAUUCUCGUGAUAUAUGAACAAGAAGCAGAAGAGUGGGCUCUGUAUUUAAAAUCUCUUUUUGGACAUGUAGUGAACGAAGGAGGAAUCUUACUCUACAACCUAAAGACUUCAUCUUUCAAGGACCAGGAGCUAUUCACUUUACCGUGUUACAAAUGUAAACUCCUGAUACUAUCAUGUGGACUUCUUAACUGCCUGAAUCGAAAGAGAAGUUUUUUUCUGGAACAAGUUCUAAAACCUUCGGAUAAUGUGGUCAUUCUACUUUGUGGGGUGGAGAAUUCAGAGAUUCUUUAUGAGAUAGUGACCUUAGAUGAAGGCAGCAAAGAGAUUUCCACUGAUCAGGAGCCCGAGGAAUAUCUCUCUGUUGUUGCUGGAAUUAUUCAACCAGGUAAGCCACAGAAUGAAAAUCCUGAAGACUCUUUGUCUUACAUCUAUGAAGCAGUUCUUGCAGAUGAUCACCAGACUAACUCUGAUGUUAACUUGUCAGAUAUCAGGGGAGCAUCAGAAAAAAGAGACCUCAGUUCUAUAACAGAGGUACUUUCUGAAACCUUAGAAACUAACGAGCAGUCGAUACUGGUGCUUCCAGGAAGAAUAUCAUGUGAGAACCCUGGUGAAAUAUUCAUUUUGUUGAAAGAUGAAAUAGAUGACGAAACUUUAGAAAUUGAGUUCAUAGCAGAUAAUCAACGAAUUAGGACACAGCCAUCCUCUUGGAAUAAGAAUGUGAAGUACAUGAAAGCCUUAGAUUUUCCUGCUGGCCUUGUAUAUGUAAAUGUCUACUGUGGGGGAGACAUUAAGGCCACAGCGCAGAUCGAGUACUAUACUUCACUAGAGGAGAUUGAGCACAUAUUUAAGAAAGUGGCUGACCCAAUAGCUUUCACUUGUCAGACUUUGAAAUUUUCUUCUGUAGAGAAGCUGGACAAUGUUCUGACUUUGUUACUAAAGAGCAAAAUAUCUGCUUAUGAAUUCAGCCCGUUCCAAAGUGAAGAGGAGCACUGUCAACGAGCUAAUAGCCAUUUGGAAGAAUUUCCUACUCUCCUUCACUGCGCAGCCAGGUUUGGAUUAAGGAAACUUGCAACAUUGCUGCUCAAUUGUCCUGAGGCUAUGCGAGCUUGCAAGAUAACCAACAAAUAUGGAGAUGAUCCAGCAAGUAUUGCUGAGAAGCAUGGGCACAGGGACCUAAGAAAAUUAAUCAGAGAAUUGUCAAUUAAUACAGCAGAUAAUUUUACCAACUGCGAGGAGAAAGCAGAAGAUGAUGAUACUUACAUGUUUAUGCUAGGCUCGAAAACUCAACCAGCCAUGACCAAGCAGAACCCAGGAGAUCAAUAUGGAAUUGGAUCCAGAUGCCCACAAGAAGCUGAGGUGGAUGAUGACAAGGAAGAUGAUGUAGAAGACAGCAGAGAGGAGACAGAACAUGAAGAUCAGGAAGAAGAUGAUUCAUACAGCUUUUGCAACAGUCCUGACAGUUUGUAUGCCAGUAUACCUGAUGAUCUUGAAGAGAACAGAAGAGACCACCUUUUCUGUAAGAGGCCACCCCCUCCUCCCCCUCGAAAUCUGCCUGGCAUCCUAAGACAGGACAAUCUGCACAGUUUAUCACAAGAGAGGAAAUUUGUGGAGAACAGAAUUGAAAGAGAGUGUGGUGAUGGACUCAUAACAGCAUGCUACAGACAAGACCAAGAUACAUGCGAGGGAGAUGGCGAGGAGGAACACCUCUACACUUUUGCAAAACUGGAUGAAUCUGUGUACGAUUUCAUACUGGCUGAGGAGGAGGAAGAGAAAAGGAAAGAACGCAGGUCUUUUAUCAUGAACAGGCCACCAGCACCUGCCCCUCGUCCCAUAUGUUCACUGGUCAGAGAGGAGAACACUCCUUAUAUAGUACAAGUGUUUCAGCAAAAGGCCACUCGAGUGCCCAAUGAAAACAACAGGACAUACUGCGAUGCCAGGAAGCCCGCAGCACACAGAGCCCCCCCUGACACAGGAACUGAUAGCAGUGUGAAACACAACAUCUCUGCUGAACAAGAAGAACUCAUCCACCUGCAGGAACAGGUGAAAAAGGGGAUAAUUUCUGUGGAUGAAGCCCUUGACAGAUUUAAACAGUGGCAGAAUGAAAAACAGAGACUACAGUCCACUCAACAGGAAAAAGUGCACCACCUUAGAGACACCACUACUGGAAACAGACUAGAAAAGGAAAAUCUGAAUGAUCCUAAGGAAAGCAGACCAGAGAGCAUACAUUUUAGAGACUUUUUGUUCCACAUGCCAUUUAAUAAAGCGUCUCCAACUAGGAACCCAACAGACAAGGAACAGAUGCCUAAUUAACAGAGUGGGAUUCUUAAGCCAGCUGCGCAUCAGUUUCCUCUGCUUGACAUCCCACAUGUCUCCAAGCUGUGCCCUGACCACCUCAGGCUCCAGCGUGACAUGGCUCUGAGAUCAUCCUUGCACUUUCACUGUCUUGGAAUCUCUUACCUGGACCAACUCUGGAAGAAGUCCAGUAUCACUAAAGCAAAUUAAUAAGACUUCUUGUGAAGUCAGCACUGAAUUUUCAAAUUUGUUUUUUUACCAACUUUUUUCAAGAUGACAGUUGAGGAUUUAUAUAAAAGAUAGAUUGCACACUUUGGUUAAUUAUUUUUAAACUCUUCAACUUUUCUGUAAUGCUUGAUAGUUGUUUAAAAGUAGAUUUUAUGCACAAGAAGAUGAUCAUGAAAAGUUAGCAAGAUUAUGAAGUUAUAAUACAUAAAAUUUAGUGUUUACUUUUUGUUAAGACAUCUUCCUGGAAACUUCAUAUAUAAAUUUGUCUUUCCUAGGAAUAAUAAUUGUACUCCAUCACUAGUUUAAAUAAUUGUACUUAAAGUAAAUCUAAUUUCUAAAAGUCAAACUAUGUAAAUCAGUAUUAAUUAUCUACUAAUGUAUUAAAGCAAUUACAAAAAUUGGGUUUACAAGGAAACUGUGGGUUUUUUAAUAAGUUGCUUCAGGUAAGUGAUACCCAAACCAAAACCAAAAGAAUCUCUACUGUGUUUACACAGCAAGAGUAGAUGAAUAAAUAUGGUUAAUGGUUAUAAUGGUCUGCAUUCCCACAGUGAUAUACUCCAAAAUUUAGGUGAGCAUGUGCUAAUACA